AGUGACCUGAGGAGCCGCGAUAUCCUCGCAGAAGCCCUGAUGGAGUUGGUGAAGGACGCAAAGAAGGCAGGCGAAGGGCUGUACAGGCUCAGCGCGAAGAUUGACGGCGCGGUAGAUCGCAUCGUGGCCGUGAACGACCACGCCAUGCUCACAAUUGAAGCCGCGACAGUCAAGGAGGGCUUGCUGCCGUGGCUCGCGACGACUCUCAUGCCCCACCUUGCCACCGGCGCGAGCAUCGUCCGCUCGUAUGCCAAUGUAAUGGAGACGCUGGUACACGAGACCCAGCACACGCUCUUCAUGGCAACUACCAGCGCCGCAGACCUUGAGCGACUCCAGGAACACCUCCUGACAAUACAUGAAGUCUGCUUGCAAGAGGGGAUCUCACUGAGUGAGGAGCACGGGGAGCUACUAUCCCAGCUCUGGACGAUCCUCGGUGGAAACCGUCAUGCGCGCCAGAAGAAUGAGGCGCAUCUUGCGCUCCUCAAGGAGGUCGACAACUACCGGCAGCAGGCCCUCGCCCAUGUAGUCGUAACGCGAGAUGCGCUACAAAUGCUGGUCGCAGACGUGGAGGAGCUGCGGGACCGCUCGGCCGCACCUGGCAUUGUAGGUGAACGCAUGCCGGUGGAGGCGUUGAUUCGGAGCGUCAGUUAUGGCAUUGAACGGCUGAAGGAGGGGCGCCGGAGGGCGAAUGAGAAACAGUACGUAUUGGCGAGCAAAUUAUUGACGGCUUCGGGCGAUCGUUCGGGCAUCAGGAGUGAUUGA